AUGCAAUAGUAGGAGAUAUAAGAAGACCCAUUUUACAAAACAAUUAACUUUAAGAAUAGAAAGACAGAAAUAAGCUAUCAUCAUUUGAAGCAGGAAUAUGCUACUAUUGAAAGAAAUUAUGGGAAGCUUUCUAGUUUAAUUAUUGAUUUUUCAUUUUGUUAGAUUAAAUAAACUACAAUAGAUAGAGUUAUGAAAGAUUUAUUUAUGAUAUAUGAGAUUGACGAUGAUAGGUUUUAACAUAAAUUCUUUUUUUUAGAGGAUCUUACAAUAAAGUCUUAUUAAAAUCUCUUCUAAAACUUAGAUUUUAUCUCUUACUUUUUUAUUUACAAGAAUAUUAAAACAAUAAAAGUCGAAUGUGAUGCUACUUAGGCAUAUUCGUUUUUCAAUGCAACAAAGUCAUCUAAAAAGGUAGAGAAGAUAACUUGUGAAGAAUACUUCUAAAAAUUUUACAGUGUCUAUGAAAUUGACUCCAACUCUUUCAUCACUCAAAUAGAUCUCAGUGGAGUCGAGGAUCAAAUUUAACAUUUAAAUAUCAUGAUAGAGUCUAAUAAUUUAGAUAAACAUAUGCAACUUUUCAGUAAAGCCUCCACACUAUAGUAUCUUAACAUGACAAUUAUUAAUCUGUAAGAUUUCAAGAAAGAUUUCAAACAAAUUAUUAAAAAUCUACAGCAAAAUGCUCCUUUACUUAAUAAAUUGCAUAUUCUAUUAUACACGGAUGAUCUUAUUCCUCCAAUUAAAAAAGAUAAAUUCUAAAGUCAUCUCUCUAUUGAAGUUAGCUAUAGAUUUCCUUUAAAUUGCUAUGACUAUAAGAGCUUACUAAGAAAGGUAUAUAAAUUUGCAGAUUAGAAUGAUAGCUUAACAAUAAACCCAACAGUAUAGUAUAAUAAUUUUACACUUAAAUUAGAUUUUAGUAAAUAGACGCUCUCAUAAGAUGAUUUAAGUGAAUUUUUUAAGUUUAUUUCAAAGUGUAAUAACAAGCUUUUAUCUAUUUAAAUAUCUUUCCAUAAAAACUAAGAAAUAACUAACAGAUAAUGGGUAAAUAUAAUAAAUUAUCUAGGUUCUUACGAGGAGCUAAAAACUGUUAUUAUAAAUGGAACAAAUGUAAGUGUAUCAGUAGUUGCAUUAAGUGUUGCUAAAUUAAUGAAAUGUAGAAAAAAUAAUAUAAAUAUUAAUGGCUAAACCUUACUAAAUAAUAGCUUAUCCUUAAAUCUAUUCUAACUCAGUGACUAUACAUUAGAUGUUAUCUGCUUAAAUAUAUUUGACGAGAAAGCUCCAAGAGUAUCUUGUCUAAGCAUAACAGCACACCAGGUGAUGGGAGAUUUAUAACCUUUUAGUAAUUAUUUAUCAAGAUCAAAACACUUGAUGAACUAGUUAAAGAUUAGAAUAACCUCAUAAAAUGACAUAAUGAAUUUAUUUUAUGGAAUUCUUAAUGAUAUUUAUAACAUCAAACGAUUCGUCAAUAGUAUUUCCUUUACCUAAGACAAUGGAUGCUCAUUUAAUGCUAGCAGUAUUGUAACAUAAAUCAAAAUAGAAUAAGGAAAUAAUCUAUAUAGUUUUAGAAGUGUUAACAAUGAAGUAUUAACGGAAUAGAUAUCUCAAUUAGUACGUCCUAUUAUAAUGCCUCUUGAAAGUUAAUAAAUUUUAAACAAUGAAGGCUUUGAUGCCUAUGCAAAAAGAUUUUAAUUAUUUAUGGAGUUCAGAAAAGUCUUAGAAAUAUACAGAUAUAAAAAAUCAUAGCCAUCUGUAAUGCUAGCAUUUUAUACUUUGAUUGGUCCUGAGCUAAUGAACAAUCCUUAUCAAAUUUACACUGAUUUAUAUUAUGAUUGA